ACGCAUCUGUCACGAACCUGUGUCGUAAAUGCCACAUAAAUGACGCAAUGACCACCCUCGUCCCCUCCUUCAGGGCCCCAUAUAAGGGACGGCCCGGAUCGAUCAAUCCACAGAAUUCCUCGCCAGAUCCGGCAGGCGGCAGGCGGCAGCGCGGGACCAUGUACUCCUCCGUCUCCGUUCUCUCCUCCACCGCUUCCCCCCUCUUGCCGCUCCCGAGGACCUCCUCUCUGCCUCCGUCGAAAGCCCGUACUCUAACCCUAACCCUAGCCCGGUCAUCGCCCACCGGAAAGGCGUCGCCGGAACCGGUGGGCUUGGUCUCGGACCUGCGCUUAUCCCGCGCUCUCCAGUGCUGCACCUGCGGACGGCGGCUGGGCCUCUUGGGGGGAACCGCGGCGGUGGCGUUGUUCCGAGUUCCUCCCCCUCAGGCGUUGGGUGAUGGCCCUCCCGACCCGGAGGAUAUGGUGGAGAGAUUCCAUCCUUCGAGGCCGGAUUGGUACGAGGAGCUCUACGCGAAGGUUCUGGAGCAGGGCAUGAUCAUGCCCUACGAAGCUGAGGUUGCAGCCUACAAAGCAAAAAUCUUUUCUCAAUUGACAGGAAAGAGUAAGAAAAUACUGGAGCUUGGCGUUGGUACUGGUCCUAAUUUCAAAUACUAUGCAAGUGCAACAGAUAUUAAUGUCAUAGGAGUGGACCCUAAUAAAAAGAUGGAGAAAUAUGCUCAGGCGGCAGCUGUAGCAGCUGGGCUGCCAUUAACAAAUUUUAGUUUUAUGCGAGGGGUUGGGGAAGCUUUACCUGUAAGAGACGAGACCAUGGAUACAGUGAUUGGUACUUUGGUUUUGUGUUCUGUCAAGGACGUUGACAUGGCACUUAGAGAGAUUAGAAGGGUGUUGAAACCAGGCGGUCUUUACUUAUUCAUCGAGCAUGUUGCUGCUCGUGAUGGCUCUCUUAUCCGAUGCGUGCAGAGCAUUCUUGAUCCACUCCAGCAGUUCGUUUCAGAUGGGUGUCACCUGACUAGAGAAACAGGGAGGCUAAUUUCAGAAACUGGAUUCUCUAGUGUGGACCUUAACACUGCAUUCCUGUCAUCUGCCGCUUUUUUAGGUCCCCAUGUAUAUGGAAUAGCUCGUAAAUAACAUCUACAUCGUUAUUGCUCUCUUUCUGGUCGCUUGUAAUGUAUUAUUAUUCUUCUCUUCCUAUUGAAGAGGAUAUGACAAUGCCUCUUAAAUGACCCGUUCUUUUCUGGUGCAAAGUUGACCCACUUCUUGUAGUAGAAGAAUCGUCUACCUGCACCUUUUUUCUUUUUUUUUUCUUUUGUGUGUGUGUGUGUGUUUGUGUGAAGAUAAUGUACUAGGUGACAAGGGAUCAAACUAUUAGUGCCUUUUUGGGCAUGUGCGCAUGGGCACAUUCACCAACUGGUUUAGAGUUUUGCAUGCAUCAUCCAGUAAUUGAAUAAGGAAUCUCUUCUUGUUGCUGAGCAGAGAGAUGUGAUCACCAUACUAGGCUUGAUUCAAUAAACAACUCUAUUUUAAAU